AUGUCACAGCUCAGCUCCUCCCGGCACCGCGCAGCCAAUCAGCGCUCGCGGCGGGGCCGGAAGUCGCCGGCCGGAGGCGGAAACUGGGUUCGCCCGCUCUUCGCCUUAGACAUGGCUGGCGGCGCGGAGGCGGUGUGGUUGAGCGUUGAGAUCGAGCAGCGGGAGCGAGAGCUGCGUGACUUGCGGGAGCAGUUAGCUGCCGUCCUGGCGGGGGAGCGCGAUGGAGCCACCGAGCGGGGUGCCGGUGCUGCUGACGCCGCCUUCCCCGCUGAGCUCCCCCCGCUGCCCACCCGGGCCGCGCUGCUUCCCGCCGAUAUCCUGCGGUACAGCCGGCAGCUGGUGCUGCCUGAGCUGGGCGUGCGGGGGCAGCUGCUGCUGGCCCGCUCGUCCGUGCUCGUGGUGGGCUGCGGCGGCCUGGGUUGCCCCCUCGCCCAGUACCUGGCCGCGGCCGGCGUGGGCCGCCUAGGACUGGUGGAUCACGACGUGGUGGAGACGAGCAACUUGCACCGGCAGGUGCUGCACGGGGAGGCCCGCCGGGGGUUCCCCAAGGCCGCGUCUGCCGCGGCGGCCUUGCGGCAGCUCAACUCCACGGUGCAGUACGUGCCCUACUGCGGGGCUUUGAGCCAGCGCAGCGCCUUGCAACUGGUGCGGCAGUACGACGUGGUGGCCGACUGCUCCGACAACGUGCCCACCAGGUACUUGGUGAACGAUGCCUGCGUCCUGGCUGGGAAACCCCUGGUGUCUGGCAGUGCUCUCCGGCUGGAGGGGCAGCUGGUCGUGUACAACUACCAGGGAGGGCCCUGCUAUCGCUGCCUUUUUCCCAAGCCACCUCCGCCAGAGACAGUGACUAACUGUGCGGAUGGGGGAGUGCUGGGUGUCGUGCCGGGCAUCGUGGGAUGUAUUCAGGCCUUGGAAGUGUUGAAGAUCAUUUCGGGGAUGGGAUCCUCCUUCAAUCAGUUCAUGCUGAUGUUUGAUGCCCAGGAAGGGCGGUUUCGCAACAUCAAGUUAAGACCAAAGAGAUCAGACUGUGCUGUUUGUGGUGACAAUCCAUCUGUCACUUGCCUUCAGGAUUAUGAGGCAUUUUGUGGCUCUUCUGCAACAGACAAGUGUAGAACUUUACAUCUGUUGUCCAGUAAAGACAGGAUAUCUGUUGAGGAAUACAAAAAACUGUUGGAUGAGCAAAUUCCUCAUGUAUUGCUAGAUGUUCGCCCGCAGGUUGAAGUGGAUAUCUGUCGCCUGGAACAUGCUGUCCACAUUCCUUUGAGUAAGUUAGAAGAAAAAGAUGAAGAAUAUCUGGAAUACUUAGAGAAAAGAAUUUGUGAAGAAAAGCAGAGAACUGAUGGCCAAACAUCUUUUCCUGUGUAUGUUGUUUGCAAAUUAGGAAAUGACUCCCAGAAGGCUGUAAGAAUUCUGCAGGAGUUACCUGUCAAAGGAUUUGGUCCUCUGUCAGCUAAAGAUAUUAAAGGGGGGCUCAUGUCUUGGGCCAGUAGAAUUGACCCAACAUUUCCUCAGUACUAAAAAUUUAAAUGUUAAAAAAAAAAAAGAAUAUUAACAAUAAAUUCUCUAAAAUUUAAUUUUCUUUGUGCAACGUCUGUAUCACGUGAGUCAAAUGAGAUAUAAAUACUACGCUCUUUUUAAUAGUAUAUUUUUAAGUUUAUGUAUUUUUAUAGAGGAUUUUUUUUUAAUGUAAAAAUCUGAAACUAUUCAUGGAAAUUGGAAGAAAUAAAUUUUUUUGUUCUUAUUUAAAGUGAAUACUUGGAAUGAUUGCUUAAUUGUGCCUGUGAUAAUUGAUUGUUUUUAACGACUAAUGCAUUAUUUUGUUAUAAAGAGCUAUGUACGUCUAAGUAGUUCUCAUAGAUAAACUGAAUGAAUAAGAAAUAGUUUCACAACAGGGAGCUGCCACAGUCCUCAUCAGGUAUGCAUAGCAAUUAUACUAAUACAGAUGUAGGUUCUGUUUUCAUUUCUGAGGUGAAAAAGAAUACUAACAUAUAAUUAAUAGUCAAAAAAGCAUGUUUUAACAAAAUAAGUUGUGGAACAUCCGUAUCACCUACUUUACAAAGUGAACGUAUCCAUCUUUUCACUGAUGCUUUUGAGGACAGGAUGAAGACUGGUUCUAAAUGUGUGCUGCUUCCAGUAGAUAGUAAUCAUGUUUAUAGUCUUUUCCUGAUUACAUUCUUAGGGAUGGAUUUACACAAACUGUGAAAGAAAAAAGAGCUGACAAUAAAGCCUGCUUUUUGGUGUGACUUUGUUGCUGUCCGCCCAUCUGUGUGGGCUUGCUGAAGCACUAUGCAAAUUUUACUGUCUUCAAGGGGUGCUGGACUCUUGGGAGAUUAUGUGAAAAAUCAAGAGUGAGAAUCAUUAUUAAGCUCAAAUUAAUCUUAUUGGAAGCUUACCUUUCGCUCUGGCUUGAUUUAUUUGUUGAACUCUUCUCAAACACAGCAAACACGUGGUGAUUUCUCUUUGCACCAGGAAGUGUCAUAGCAUGUCUUCAGAAGUUUGAAGAGAAGCAAUAAAACUCUCAUUUUGUGUUGCUGCCAACACACUGUCUAAAUAUUGAUGCAUGUUGUCAUCAUGAAUAAAAAUGAGCCGCUUUAUUCAGGGAGCUUACAGUGCAGCUGGUCUGAUGUCUUACCAGAAGGGGUCAGGGCAGCCAGCGGAGUGUCUUUUUAUCUCCCAGUCUUGAUGUUGUGAGGCUUCUUUUUGCUUCUUUGAUCAUAUUCUCUUUUAAAGUGGCUUACAGGAUUUUGGCACAGGAACUGCAGGAAACAGCUUCCUGUUGGAGGUUUAGAAUAAUAGACAGUGGCUGCAGCAUUUGUUCUUGAUUACUAUGUUUGAAUGUUUUCCACAUGUAGGUCUGCAGGAU